AUGACAGAAGCUGAUAGCGAAAUAAUAAAACCGGAGAUGCUGAAGGCCUAUGUGUGGCUUCAAACUUCUGAUGAUUCAAUACAGCAAGUUGAGCAAGAGGUUGCUAUGUAUUGUCCAUUUAUAUGUCAAGAAAUACACUCGGGCAUGGGAUCCUCAAAGAAUUAUCCCAUCUCUCUUCCUUCGAGGGUUAAUCCUCCUAUGCUGAGCUUGAUUCUUGAUUACUGCCGGUUUCAUCAAGUACCAGGUCGUUCUAACAAGGAAAGGAAAUCUUUCGAUGAGAAGUUUGUUCGAAUGGACACUAAAAGGCUUUGUGCACUCACUUCUGCUGCUGACAGCCUGCAGCUGAAACCAUUAGUCGAUAUCACUAGCCGAGCUCUUGCACGGGUGAUCGAGGGGAAAACUCCUGAAGAGAUACGAGAAAUAUUUCGUCUGCCCGAUGAUCUAACAGAGGAAGAAAAAUUGGAGCCUAUAAAAAACGCCAUGGAUGAUCCGAGGAUUCGACUUUUGAAUAGAUUGUAUGCUAGGAAGAGGAAAGAAUUAAAGGAGAGAGAGAGGUUAAAGAAUGUUGACGCUGAAGAGGAACGUGCAGAUAAUCGUUCGGUGGAUGACCUCUUAUCAUUCAUUAAUGGAGGCAAUGAAGAUUCUAAGGGGACUAGAACUUCAAAAAAUAAAAAGAAAACCCGCAAGAGGAAAGACCAACAAAAGACCCCUGAUUCAAAUUGCACUAGUACUUCAAACAGCACCUCUUCUUCAAGCAAUGUUGUAGAUACAGACAGGAAGGAAUCAAAUGAGUUUGAUUCGGCUUGUGGCAAUCCGUCGUUGGACUGUAGCACAACAAAGUUGCUACCCGUUGAAGAUGAUGGGUUAGCUGCAGAGGAUGAGUUUGACGAUUGUGAUUUAGAGGAUGAUAUUGACCCUGCAUUGAAAGAAAAAAUCGAUAGGGAAGUGGAAGACUUUGCUAGAAGGUUAAAUUCAGAUUGGCCAGAAAGAAUGCAAGAGAUCCUCACUUUAGGUCAAGAGAGAAGACCAUUACAGUUGACAAUCAAUGGAAAUGGUUCCUCGAAAUUUACAAGUCAGCAUCAGAAAUGA